AGUUCGUACGCCGUAGGUAGUUCGGGUCAAGAAGUUUUUCAAAUUGCCAAGCAUCGGUGAUGGCGGGGUCCUACGCUGCUCGCUUGAGGUGGGGUUGAAAACGCUUGUUGAGAACGCGGGGGGGCCAAAGAGUCAAUUCCAGCGCACUGCGGGGAGCACUUUCAGUUUCGCACAGAACGGCCGUACAGCUGCCGGGCUGGUUCUGCUCUGACAAGCUAAUUUCUGUCCCUGCGCCGAAGCCAUGGCUGAGGAAGUUGGUGCCUCUCCUCGGCCGAGCCGGCCUUCCAUGACCGCAAUGCGGAGCAGUUCGUUCUUGAGGGAGCAUCAACAAUACCGCCCUCCGCCCAAACCCGACAGCCACUAUGGGAUCGACACCGUCGUCGAGGACCUCCAAGCGACAUCGGUCUCCGCGCGUGAGAUCUCGCCAUUCAAGGGAAUCCCGUCGCCCGAAAACCCGCCCAAGGUCGUCGACAGCGGCGUGAGACACGAGCUGUCGCAUCCAAACUGCACUCCAAAAGCCGGUGAGCAGACCGAGAGGCUCGUUGCGACGCUCUUCUAUCGGUCGACGGCCCCUCGUGUCUCGAAUGCGAUUCCCUCCCCGAAGAAGGCCGCUACGCCGCAGGGAAGCCGAUCCCCCUCGCUUCGCGCUGCCGCGGCCGAGUCCGACAUACCUCCGACCAUGGCCCCGAGCAGUAGCCUCGACAGCUACCCCCUCGAGCCGCCCGCGGCCGAGCCCGAACCUCUCGACCACCUCUACGGCUCCUACGUCACGCCCAUGUGCAUCACCUCCUUCCUGCACCUCAUGACGACCUUCCCGCUCCCCAAGGGCUCGACCGACCUCACCUCGGCGCACCGCUGCCUCAAGCUCGACGCCAGCCCGGAACAGCACCCGGUGGUCGUCGAACUGACCCUCUCCCCCGCGCCCGCCAAGGACUACCUCUCCCUCGCCGACCUGCGCAAGCACGAGCUCAUCUACCGGUUCGAGCGCGAGUGGAACGUCGACGUGGCGCUGCGCGCCGACACGCUCUGGCGCCGGUACCCGCGCCUGGUGGUCUUCGACAUGGACAGCACGCUCAUCACGCAGGAAGUCAUCGACCUGCUGGCGGCCACCAUCAAGGACCCGCCGGACCUGGCCGCGCGCGUCGCCGACAUCACGCACCGCGCCAUGCUCGGCGAGCUCGAGUUCGACUCCGCCUUCCGCGAGCGCGUCAAGCUGCUCGCCGGCCUCCCCGAGACCAUAUUCGAGGACCUGCGCCCCGUGCUGGAGGUGACCAACGGCGUGCGGCCGCUGCUCCGCGCGCUGAAGAGGCUCGGCGUGAAGACCGCCGUACUAUCGGGCGGCUUCUUGCCCCUGACGUCUUGGCUGGCCGGAGAACUGGGGAUCGAUUAUGCCCACGCGAACGAGGUUGUCAUCGACGAGGCGUCGGGCCGGUUGACCGGCGAGGUGAAGGGCCGUAUCGUGGGCAAGGAGCGAAAGAGGGAGCUUCUCAUCGAGAUUGCCGAGAAGGAGGGCAUUGCGCUGGAGCAGGUGGUGGCUGUGGGCGACGGCGCCAAUGACCUGCUCAUGAUGGACGCCGCUGGCCUCGGCGUGGCCUGGAAUGCGAAGCCCAGGGUGCAGAUGGAGGCUAGCGCUCGGAUCAACGGUGAUAGCCUGCUGGAUUUGCUGUAUCUCUUUGGUUUCACGGACGAGGAGGUUCGGCAGCUCAGCGCUUGAGGUUUAGAUGUGAGUAUCCUAGGCUGGCCUGCUAUUAUUAUUUUCUUCCUUUUUCCUCUUCUUCCCCUUCUGUGCUCUUAGGGAUGGCAGUUCACUUCUGUAGAUGAUAAAGUGAAACAAAAAUCAACAGGUAUACUUUUAGACGCGUUUAAAAGUUCUCAUCGCAGAGUUAUGUCUUGAGGAGGAGGCUGUUUUUCGCUGUUGACGCAUGCCUGCG